AUGGCAGUGCCCCCUCCCCGCGUGGCCAUCACCGCCCCCGCCCUGCCCACAGACAGGCCCGUCCCCACCACCAGCCCCUCCCCCGACCCCGCCGUUCCCCCAGGCGGCACCGCUGGCCAGACACUGCGGCCAGAUACAGAUGCCCUCCAGUGGAUACCCCGCAACGGAGCCCGCUCAAAGACUGGGAAAGACAAGGCGGGGUGGGGCAAUCUGCCAGUGGAAAUAUUGCACCGUGUACUGUCCUUCGCAAGAGAUGACGUCAGUCUUGAUCUGAUCCUGGAAUCGUUCUAUGGCGAGCGUUCAGCGCGCCCGAAUGAGAUAGCGCUGGCUCUGGUACACCGCGUCUGGUUCUGUCGCAUGCGUCUUGUCUCGAGUGGCUGGCGCAGUGCUGUCGACUCGCAUUCAUUCUGGCCCGAUUAUACCCUCACAAUAGAUCCCUCCAGACACCAUGCCUCAACCAUAUCCGACCUCUACUCUGCCCGCCUGACCCCCUCCACUCCGACCUUUCCGACCCUCUUCCAUCGCGCGCGCAACACUACUCUCUCAAGCUGCCUCGCAUGCCGCCUGAAUCACCCCUCCAGAUUAGGCUACUAUCCCGCUGUAGCCAAGCGUAUGACAUAUACGUCUCGAUUCGGAUUCGCCCCGACCUGCGACAAGCACGCCGGAACGUUUUGCACGAGCUGUCUACGCGAGAGCGAACCACUGGCAGGGCGCAAUUCAAUGUCAGGGGGAAUGAUAUCAUCUACGCCUUCUCCCCGCGAGUAUGGUAUGAGUUUGAUGCUCUCGCCGUGCAACUUGGGCGAUGUCGAUGAACGCGGGGUGGAACGUUCACCCCGCGCACUCGUCUGUCCUGAUUGCCGGCGGCAAUCCAUCUGGAAUCAGAUCCACCUCAACCUCGUCUCCUGCGCCCGGGGUACCUAUCUCCGAGGCAAUCGUGCCCCCUGGCUCUCGAAUGAAAAGCUCAAGGAUUAUGUGGAUUUCAAUGUCGGUACGGCGUUUGAAAUGGGGUAUGCGGCGGUAGAGGAGCAGUGGUUGAAAGAUAAUACACGGUGGGAUGAGCUAUUUGAAACGGCAUUGGCGUUGCAGAACCAUGAGAGGGUGUUGAAAUUGCAGUUCAUGACGACUGCCACAGAGGAGACAAAGUCGCAGAGAGAUGAGAGGGUUGCGCGUCUGGCAGAGCUCAGGGGUGAAGACUCGAACGGUCGGGAAACCGAGGAAGAUGCGAUGGAGAUGGAGGCACUGUAUCGGUCUUGGUGGAGAGAGAUCGAAGAGGAAGAGCUGAGCAGUGACGAAGAGGAAGACGACGAACUGUUGAACGAAAAGUACCGCUUGAAACUCAAGAUUGGGUGCAUCAACGACUUUGUUUCCGAUCGCAUCCGCUACGCUUUCUGGGUCCUGCCCUCUGACGAACUUGAAAAGCUUGUAUCGGAUGAUCAAUCCCGCAACUCUGAUCGUUCCGGCGCGAUCCACACUUCCCUCCUCGACAUUGCCACCAAUUUCACGCACCCUUUCGCCGGUUUCGUCCCCUUUGCGUACCAGCCAAACCACGCAUAUAUCGAUACCGUCGGCUUUAUGGCGAUACAGCCUUUGCCCGCCCCAGACAUUGCGAGGCUGGAAGGCCGGGCGGACCCGUUCUACCCACCCGACAGGCUCUUGAGACAGCUAGACUCGGCUUUUACUGAGGUGCUUGCCAUACGGACAGGCGGAGCGCUGUAUAACGUUGCCCACUUUGUCCGCCGAAGUUGUGCCAGCGACGAAGAGGCGGAACACGAGUGCGAGUCGCUCAAAGUGGAGGAUAUCCUCUCACGUCUGACUGCGUGGGAAGUCUGGGUACCGAGGGCGCUGGCGGAGGUAGUGCUGGAUGCAGAGAGGGACAAGGAGGAGGCCGAGCUUCGCGCAGCUCAGCGGGUCUGGGAGGAAGAAUCCGGGCCGGAUAUAGUGGUGGUGGAUGAGUCGAAGGAAGAGGAAAAUGGGACGGCUGUGCAUGAGCAGAUAUCGUCGGACGAAAAGUCGUCUUCGUCGUCUGCUACGUUGGGCAAGCGCAAAUCGUCUCGCCCGGCGUCGCCACAUGACAAACGUCAGCGCGCUUCUCCCACCACACCUCCAGCUCAGAUCUCAGCCGACGCGGCAUCACUCGAGGUGACGCUCGAACCUAGCCAGGGUCUGAAGAGGAAAGCACCACCUUCGCCCGCCUCUCAUCAUAUAGACAAGAACCGGAAAGAGGUCACCCCGCCACCCGGGCCGACGUUUGAAGUUGAGAAGGAUGGCGGGCUUGAAAUGAAGCGGACAAGAGUCGAGUCUCUUGCUGCGGGCGACGAUAGUUCCGUGGCUGCAUCGUCUGCGCCUGUGAGCCCUACGCCGGUAGCGAAAGUCCUCCAUGAUGUGUCAGAAAGGACGAGCUCGACAGAGACGGUCGGGGAUGUGCCGGUGACUCCGCAAGAGAGCUGGGUGCUGGGAGAUGGGGAAGGAGAAGCGGUGUUCAAAGACGCCAGUAUGGAUGAUGAAGAAGAGGAGCUUUUUGAAGUGGGACUGGAGGACAAGGCGAGAGCGCCUCUGCAAGCUCGUGCAGACGAGGAGCAAUUGGCAGCUGGCCCAGCCACUCCACGUUCCCCUUCUACAAUAUCCGGCGUUUCGUCCGUCCCUACCGGCUCAUCAUCCCCGCCUCUCGCUCGCGAACUAUCUCCUGUCAGUCACGCAAGAAGUCGGCUUGGCAACUAUAUGACCCGUGCCGAGUAUAUUGUGCCAUUCAUCCCCCUUACCUCAAUCCCCAUCCAACUCCCCCCGACUCAUCCCUUGGUCGGCCACGGUCCCGUAUCCCUCCCGAUCAACCUCGGGCAAGGUGCAAACAGGGCGCUGUUGGCAGCCUUUUACGAGUCGCGGGCCGACUUGAGAGAGUGUAAAUGUAGAAUAUGUGAGAGGGCGAGAAAGAAGGCAUGGGAUAACCUGGAGGCUAUGAGGCAGCUUGUGGCGAGUGGAGAGAUUGGGUGGGAAGCGCUGCUAUCCUAG